ACGAUCCACCCUGGCAAACCAACCGCGGAACCCCGGCAAAGCACCUGCUGAACCCCGGCGCGUGGAGCAGGCAGCGUGGGCCGGGGGGAGGAGGCGCCCAGGAGGAGCUGUGGUGAGGGUGUCCUGUGCUGGGGAGCCCAACGGCACGUGCUCGAUGCCAACGCAGUGUCCAUAGGCUCUGGCACACCCGGGACAUGGAUCACAGCGCUGGGACAGGUCCAUAAGGGCUCCCCAGCAGGCGCCAGGCGAUGGCAGGAGCUCAGGUGGGGCUCCUGGGAACCUUCCCGGAGCCCCCGGUUGGGCCGUGCCCUGUCUCUGAUUCCGACUCCGACUUCGAGGACGCGGCUGUGGGUGGCACAGGACCCGGUGCUGGGGCACAGAACCCCUCCCAGGUCAUCCACAGCGGCCACUUCAUGGUGUCGUCCCCGCACAGCGACGCGCUGCCCCGGCGGCGGCACCACCGCACCAAACCCGAGCCGGCUGAUCCCCGGAGCAUCGACCCGACCCUCACCCGGCUCUUCGAGUGCAUGAGCCUGGAGUACAGUGGGAAGCUGGUGUCACCCAAGUGGAAGAAUUUCAAGGGGCUGAGGCUGCUUUGCCGGGAUAAAAUUCGUCUCAACAACGCGAUCUGGAGAGCGUGGUACAUCCAGUAUGUGGAGAGGAGGAAGAACCCUGUGUGUGGCUUCAUCACCCCUCUGGAGGGGUUGGAGGCUGAUGAGCACCGAAAACCAGAGGCUGUUGUGCUGGAGGGGAACUACUGGAAGCGCCGCAUCGAGGUGGUGAUGAGGGAGUACCACAAGUGGAGGAUCUACUACAAGAAGCGGCUCCGAAAGUCCGCCCGGGAGGGAGAGAUCUCCAGUCCAAAGCAGGAUGAGGAUGUCUGGAGGCCAACAGAGAAAUGGUGCAACCAGCUCUUCUGCAACGUGGUGCCAAUGCUGCUUGGGGAUGAGGAAUCUGACACCCUCUUCACCAUGACACAGAUGCCCAGCACUCACCAGGCACUCCCCGAGGACGCGUAUGUUGGGAAUGCAGACAUGAUACAGCCGGAUUUGGCACCCCUGCAGCCCAGCCUGGAUGAUAUGGACAUCUCAGAUCUCUUCUUCAGCCACCGAACAGCCCCAUCGCAGACACAACUGGGCUACCAGGAGCCGUCCUGCUUCUUGCCCAUGGCCGAGCCCCUGUUUGAUGCCGGGGAGUCCCUGAUGGGUGCUAGGGGGCUGCCUGCAAGCCCUGAGGCCCCACUGUCACCCGGCACCCUCCUCCAGCCCAGCAGUGCCUCCCAGCUCAGCCUGCACAGCUCCUUCCUGGGCCCCGAGCUGCCCCCGGCCCCCCUGCCCCCCGAGCCCCCCUCUGCAGUGCCCAGCAGCUUCAGCCCCCAGCUCCGACACAAGCUCCCACUGCAGUACGACCUCCCCACCAAGUGCCUCAGCCUGGAGCCACCAGGACCCCACUACAUCCCCCCCAUCCUGUCCCCUGGGGCACCACUACCGAGCCCAGACUCCCCCUUCUCCCCCGCCUCGGCCCCCCGCUCCAAGUUCCCCUACGCCAGCUCCCCUGGCCCCUCUCUCCUCACCCACCCUGCCUCCCCCCUCUCAGCCCCCUGCUUCACCCCCCACACCCCGGGGCUGGGCUACCCCACGGGCAUGGUGCCCCCGGGGUACCCCGGCCCUGCUGCCCCCCAGCUCCUGCCCCCUGCCCUGCUGGGCGACCCCAGGUUUGCCCCCCCCAAGGGGCUGCCCCAGGGUGGGGGGGGGCGGCCCAAGGCAAAGCCUGGUGGCACCAAGGCGAGGAGGCUGCCAGGACCCACCGUGCCCCACCUGCCUGUGUCCAACCCCUGCCUGAGCCAGUUGCUGACCGCAGCCAAGCAGGACCCAGCCCUGGACGCCCCCCGCCCGAUGGGUGCAGGACUCAUGCCCAUGGCCCCUGUCUCCCCGGCACGAGGGGGAAGGAGUGGACAUGUGGCUGGAGGUGGCAGGAUUCACCCGAGUGUCUUCGGUAAAAGAACCAGGGCAGAGCAGCAGAGCACUGUUCCCGAAGUCCCUGCCACCUUCCUCUCCAGAAUGGCCCAGGUGAGCCCAGGACUGGCUCCUGGCUCCAGCCCUUCCCCAGUGGUGCCAGUGCCGCUGGCAGGCAUGCAACCGGGCUCCCUGAGAGUCCCCAAGGCAGAGCAGCUGUCUCCCACCUCAGCUUGUGACAGCAACUGGCGCAAGCCCAGCCAGGCUUCUCCAGGACCCACUGCAGGGCUGGGCACUGGCACCUCCGUGCACCACCCCGUGUCCCGUCGGGGCAGGCCUGAGUCCAACAAGCUGGAGAGCCGCCGCAUCACGCACAUCUCCGCCGAGCAGAAGAGGCGCUUCAACAUCAAGCUGGGCUUCACCACGCUGCACAGCCUGGUGAGCACGCUGAGCACCCAGCCCAGCAUCAAGGUCAGCAAGGCCACCACCCUGCAGAAGACAGCUGAGUACAUCUGCAAGCUGCAGCAGGAGCGGGCGGCUCUGCAGGAUGAGGCGCAGCGGCUGCGGGAGCAGAUUGAGGAGCUCAACAGCUCUAUCAACCUGUGCCAGGAGCAGCUGCCGGCCACGGGGGUGCCCAUCACGCGCCAGCGCUUCGACCACAUGCGCGGCAUGUUCGACGAGUACGUCCGCUCCUCCACACUGCAGAACUGGAAGUUCUGGAUCUUCAGUAUCAUCAUGCGGCCCCUCUUUGAGUCCUUCAAUGGGAUGGUGUCCACGGCAAGCAUGGAGAGUCUCACCCAGACAUCCCUGGCCUGGCUGGACCAGCACUGCUCCCUCCCAGCACUUCGGCCAACCGUCCUGAGCUCCCUGCGGCAGCUGAGCGUCUCCACUUCCAUCCUCAGCGACCCUGCCCGUGUCCCCGAGCAGGCGGCGCGGGCGGUGGCGGCGCUGGGACGCGGCGCCUCCUCCUCCUCCUCCUGACUGCCCCAGGAGGGCGGCCCGGGGGCUCCGGGGGUCCCAGCCGGGGCUGCGAGGGGGCUGUCCCCAUCUUCCCCCCCGAUAAAGGACUCGCUGUGCCACGGGCCCCGCCUGGUUCUUCAGCCCCGGGGCUGUUCUAGGGCACGGCUG